CAAUUAGCAACCUUUCGUUUCCUUCCAGAUCAACCCUUCCAAAUCAGACCCAACAAGUAAAGCAAUACUCAAUCUUGCAUAACAAAGAGGACUGACCUGUAAACAGUUCGAGAAUUUGUAUGGCGCGAGCAGUGUCCCCUUUUACAUAAUAACAAUAUGCGUCAGUUUCCAAUGCAUAAACAAAGACGUGUACCGUACUUUACCUUGCAGUUCUUGAGCUGUUCUUGUUACCAUUGUUGUUUUGCUUUGCUUUUGCUAUUGUUUGUAGUUGAUUAGAAAAAUAGAAAAAAAAAAGACAAGAACAAGAAGGAGGGUUUUUUAUGUGCAUGAUUUCAUUUAUCGGGAUCCAACUUUUUGAUGGGCACACUCACACACUUGGCGCAGUCACCCUCCAACCUUCUUUUUUUCCACCAUGGAAGCUCUCUCUCUCGCUCUCUUGUUGCCAAGACCUGUCCUCCUCCCCUACAACUCACUCUUAAAAGGGUGAAAAAUGGCCACGAACAGACCGGGAUAUCGUGAUUCCAAAACCCCGCGCGCCGUCAAAGUCUAUUCCAUUGCUCAAGAGUCGCGUUACCUCGUUUACGAAAACAUUCCAGCUCUAGGUCUAGUCGACAAUCUCACUGCUCGAUGCCAAUUUUUUGGAUCUGUGCAGCAACACGGCAUGCUCGACAGUCAUGCUGCUUCAGACGAAUUCCACGAUGUCGUCUGGGUUGCAUUUGCAACGGUCAUGAGUGCUCGUAAAGCUAAGCGGACGAUGGACGAUAGACCGUUUUUUGCCAACGUGUUGCGGGUUUCUUAUGCACCAGAAUUUGAGACUGUGGAGGAUUUUCGAAAUAAACUCCAGGAACGCCACAGAUCAGCACCCUCCUCCUUGGCUUUGCAACAACAACGGCUACAGAAAAACCCUCGGUUAAAAGAUCAGCGAUCUAUUAUUACUGCUGCUGCUGCCACCCUGGAUACAAAAGCUGUGCAACCGACGAUCGGCCCUCUUCCUUACGCUGCUUCCCAGUCAUCACCACCCAAUGCUCAGCAAGCCAAGCAAAAGCGAAGGCGGAUAUAAAAAUAACUUUCCCUUUAGACUUAAAACAUCGUAUUGUUUUUUUUAAGUUAAGGUUUCUAUCUCAAACAUGGCUUUUAUAUGUGCAUUCACCAGCCACGACGUUCGUGGAAGAAGGGGAAAAGGAGCAGCUUCGUCCGGGAUCAUGGAUACGUGCUGUUUCACAAAGAACUUUCUAAUUAUAUAUAUCACCUCAGAAUCCACUAUUUGAAAUCAGUGCUGUAAAUACAAUUCCAAGUUACGGAGAAGAAAACGAUGUGCGACAUGCACUUUCCAAAGUCAAAUCAAACACGAACAGCA